AGUGCCUGAUUGUCAUUCCAAGUGCGACUCUCUGGACGUACAAGGAGAAACCGAGCGAGCGAGUGAGAGAGUCCAGCAGAAGAAAGACGGAGAGAGGGAGCGAGAGAGAGAAAGGAAAAACGAGGCAGUUGGUAAAAGAGUUCUGCGGAGUGAAAGAGUGAGAGAGUAAAAGAGAGAGAGAGGGAGAGAGGUGUAGGGAUUGUUGGUGGAUGUGUUCUCCUUCACUAUGGAAACUCGGUCGGAGGAUAGCCAUGAGCUCAGCCAGGAGAAAAGAGGUUGCCUGGACUGCUGCAUUAAGUGUCUCGGGGGUGUCCCCUAUGCCUCUCUGGUGGCUACCAUCCUGUGCUUCUCUGGAGUGGCUCUGUUCUGCGGCUGUGGACAUGUGGCCCUGACUGGAACCCUCACCAUCCUGGAGACGCACUUCUCCAAGGUCACUGCCAACCAUGCCAUGCUCACCGACAUAGUCCAGCUGCUGCAGUACGUCAUCUACGGAAUCGCCUCCUUUUUCUUCCUGUAUGGGAUCAUUCUGCUGGCUGAGGGCUUCUACACCACCAGCGCCGUCAAAGAGCUGCACAGCGAAUUCAAGACCACCAUCUGCGGCCGCUGUAUCAGUGCAAUGUUUGUGUUUCUGACCUAUAUCCUGGGUAUUGCCUGGCUGGGUGUGUUUGGGUUUUCGGCCGUGCCGGUCUUCCUCUUCUACAACAUGUGGUCGACGUGUGCAGCUAUGCGAGCUCCCACCCUCCCCACCAACCUGCCCGCUAACGAGUCCAUCUGCGUCGACAUGAGGCAAUACGGAAUUAUUCCGUGGAAUUCCACGCCGGGUGUUGUUUGUGGAUCAGCGCUGCUUGAUAUCUGUAACUCCAGUGAGUUCUACCUGUCGUAUCACCUGUACAUCGUAGCGUGUGCUGGAGCUGGAGCUACAGUCAUUGCUCUGAUCCACUACCUCAUGAUCCUCUCGGCCAACUGGGCGUAUCUAAAGGACGCCAGUCACAUGCACGCCUACCAGGACAUCAAACACAAGGAGGAGCGCGAGCUGCAGGACAUCCAAUCACGCUCCAAAGAGUGCCUCAACUCCUACUCGUGAAAAAUCGUGAGAGGAUUCGCUCGCAUGACCAGCCGAGAGAGAAAACGAAAGAGAGAGAGCAUCAACAAAACCUGCCAACAGCACCGCACUGACUAACCCUGCUCCUAACACACUAAUACACCCACCGCACUGACCCCCACCUACCCCCCUACCUACCCCCAUCACCCUCACCCCCAACCCGUCUGCAGGGACCUUUUUUCUACUUCUUUACACUGUUUUUCAUAAAAAUGCAAGUUUUUUCUCAGCGUCUUUUUCUUACUGUAGCCCUUUUUUAUGAUCCAGUUCUGCUGGUGAAAUGUUGCACUAUUCAACACCCACAACUCAAAACACACAAACAUGGUACUGAUGGGGAGAAAAAAAAUAUUUUUUUCCAUUUAAAAUCACUAUUCAAUAUUAUUUUUUAAUUAUAAGACUUGGUAAAAGGUGACAAAUAUUAUACCUAACCCCUAGUCUAAUAGUUAUUCCUAAAUUAAAUCUUUAUUUCUCUUACUUUUGACCCCUGUAUAAUAAUAAUAAUAAUAAUAAUAAUAAUAAUGUAAGAAUAUUUAAAAUGCAUUCAAAAUUUGCAUUUUUUUUGGGUAAAUUUUUGGUAAAUUUUUCCAGUAAAAGUGUAAGAAGUAAAACAAUCUGCAAUUAAACACUUUCAGUGGCUAAAACUUAAAAAACAAAGAUGUUACUUUUUUUUCCAAUUGCAGAAUUAGUUGAAAUCACUGGACAAGCUUUACAGUCCUCUAUCCUACUAAACAUCAUCACACCAAAAAGUUUCAGCCAUAAAGCGAAGGAAAUCUCUGUAAUUUUAAUUUUAAUUUGACCAUUAAAAAAGCUUUAAAAGUAACAUUUUAGCCACUGAAAGUGUUUUUAUUGCAGUUUGUUUUACCCUUUAAACUUUUACUGGAAAUAUUAAAUAUUCCUACAUUAUUAUACAGGGGUCAUAAAUAAGAGGAAAUAACAUUAUUUAGUAAUAACUUUUAGACUAGAUUUUAGAUGUAAUUUUUAACACAGAGUCUGUGUCCUUGUUUGACUGGUCAGAGCUGUUUUUAGUGAAUACUGGACCUGUUUGGCACCACUGUGAUUUUUCUAAAGCUGUUUUUUUUAGGUUAGACCUUUACACUUUAACUUUAAACCAUCCACCCCCCUCACAGACCUCCACGUCUACCUCAGAUUUACCACAACAACCACAUGAAGAAACCGCAUCAACCACUAAACGUAGCUGAAACUUUAAGCUACAGAACUUUUUAAUUUUUGUAUCAUCUGUAAUUGUGAUUUAAAUGAUUGAUUUAAUCCUGAAAAAAACAUGCAGAAAAGCAAGUCAAUUUUUUGAUAAAAUUCAUUCAAAUUUGCCAAAGAUUGACAAUUUCAAUAGAUACAAAAAUAACUGAAACAAAUAUUCAGAAUGUAAAAAAAAAUGGGAUCUACUGAUUUGAGCUGAUUUAGUUUGCUGAGGUUACUUUUACAGUUUUGUGCCAUUCGUCACUGUAGACCUGAAGAAAAAUAAAUGUACAUUUUGGGUUUUUUACAUUUUUGCUUUAAAAUUAGUUUUAAGUUUUUAGUUUUAAACCCUAUUUUUCAGCUUUUAAUUUUUUUUUUCAGUCGAGAAGAGAGAAAGAAAUGGUGCGAUCGCCUUUCCACCCUGAAAUUUUACAGAGCAUUAGUUUGUAAAAUUUGAUAUAUUUUUGUAGAUUUUAAAAGCAUUUUUUAGAUGAAUCUUUUCUUCCAGUUCUCUGUACUAAGCUUUAUCUCUGGAGGGACAGCUGGUCCUGAGGACGCGUGACCGUUAACCUCUGUUCUCUGUGUGAAAGAGAGGAGUGAUUCUAAAACUCAUUUUUCUGUAUGUUCUGUUUUUAACAGACAGGUGAUGAUUUUUAAGCUGGUUGAAGGUUUUUUACAGGGGGACGUUGAUGUUACUGGUUAUUGCAUGAAGGACGUCGCUGUCUGGGCAGUGUUUAGUCAUUUAUACUGACUUUUCUAGUAGGCAGUGUUUGCCCUUUUCCCUUUUUUAACUGUAUUGUAACGUUUUGUUUAUUGAUUUUUGUUUUGUUUUAAAUAUAGAAUUAGUUUUAGUAGAACUUUUAGCCUCUAUAUUAAUUCAGAUAUAUGACCUUUGUAUAAAACUCGGCUUUUGUAAUCUAAUAGUGUCCUUCAUGCAUGUUGAGGGAUUCCAUUAAGUUUGUAUUUUUGAUCGUUAUUGAUUAUUCAUUUUAAAUAUUGAUUUUAUGAUGGCAUCCAUUGCAUAAUUUUAUCCUAGAUUUGGACACAGAGAAGCCGUGCUGCUCGGCUUUCUCCUCUGAUUAGACCAUGUUUUUAUGUAAGAAAAUUGAGAGAAAAUGUUGAAAAUGUUAAAAUGCUGAAGCUGUUUGUGGUGAAAUCUCAAAAUAUUGUUUAUAAAAAAAAUAAAAAUUCAUCUGAGAGCAGGAGGACUCUACCUGUGGAGAUAAAAAGUGCUACAUUUAAUACUUUUCUCUUUUAAUCACAUGCAAAAUAUUAAUAAUAUUAUCCUUUUUUGAGCUUAUUUCAACUGUGGAUUCAGCAGGUUUUUAAAUUCUUUAACAGCUGAUAAACCUUUUUUAUGAAAAUAAAAUAAAUAAAAAAUAAUCCACUGCA